AUGUUGGGAAUGAUGAACUCGCCUUCGAAUGACGUUGAAUUCUACGCCACCAAUCGGAAGCUGUCUGAUGAGAUCGUUGGCACCAGCACCGAUGUGGCCUCGUCCGAUCUUCAGACGUUCAGCGGCGUCAAGCCGAAAGAUAAGGUGACUUACACGCCAGACGGCCGUAAAAUGAUCAACGAGAAAAUCGUCGAGGUCAGCGAUGCUUCAACUCUCUGGAAGAACACGUUGCUAUUCGGUCGAAUUCGAUCCACAUUUGAGAAAUCCAAAAAAGAUCCGAAUGUCAGCAUCAGCGAGCACGCCGACGUCGUCGAAGCACCACCAUCGAAUUGA